AUGUAACAAUAAGAGUGUUGUGCUUCUAUAUAAUUAAACAAUAAGCCAUAUAAAUAUGAACUUAUUUCAGAACAUGGAAUUCAUUAAUAGCAAUUAUGCUAUGCCAUAGCUAUUAAUGAUAGUAAUACACUCUUGACUUGUUCGGCAUAUAAAAAUAUUAAAAUACUCUAAUUCAAAAAUGGCUAGGUGAAAUAACUCCAAGAGAUAUAUAAACAUAAAGAUUGGAUAACAACCCUUAAUUUUUUCAAGAAAAGACCAAACUUUGUUUCUGGUUCUUAAGAUGCAUCUAUCAUUAUUUGGUAUUCCAUUCUUAUGCCAAAUCCAAAGUACAUGAUGAAGUUGAAGGGACAUUCCAGACUAAUAAGUUGUCUUGUAUUUGGUCAUAAAGAAGAAAAUCUACUUAUUAGUGGGUCAGGAGAUGGCACCAUCAAAUUCUGGUCUUCAUUGCCACCUACUACUUCUGAAUGGUUUUGUUCUCAAACAAUAAAUGAGCAUUCUAAUACAAUUUAUGAUUGCUCACUCAGGGAAGAUGGCAAUCAAUUGGUUACUUGUACUUAGGAUUGUAAGAUAUUAAUAAUCGAUAAAUAACAUAAUUAAAAAUAAUGGGAAGUUAAAUAGGUUAUCUAAUUGAAUCGGAGAGGUUAUAGAUUGUAAUUUAUAAACAAUCAAACCUUUGUUUUUGUACCUUACUCAUCUAACGAUCUUCGAAUAUAUAACCUUUAAAUGUUAUCAAAUUAAGAAGUAUACAUCAAUACAUAAAACAUUCCAAUCUAUGGAGGUGAACAAUCAUGUAUGUGUUACUUUCCUUCUAAAUACAACAAAUAGAAAAACGUAUUAAUAAUAAAGAAUGGCUACUAUAUAAAUUGUUUAAGAUUUUAAUAAUCCCCGUAUUCAACUUAGCUCUUCGAUUGUGAGUAGACAUAUCAAAUUGAUUGCAACGAGAAAAGUGAAGGAAAUAUUUUUGGCACAUUAAGUAAUGACGGAGAAUUUUUAAUAUUUUGGGAUUCAAAUUCAAAGGAAAUUAAAGUAAAAAAAUACACAGAAAAAUUUUGA